AUGGGACCUCGAGGCAAGUUGCGGUACCAAAGCCAGCCCCCCGUGGUCUUGCACAAUACUUUUCAACCGGUCCGGCAUCAAGUCACUCGACCCGGCAUCACGGUCUUCGACCUGGGUCAGAACAGUAGCAUUAUGGUCCAUCUGGAAGUCAGUGGGGUGUCAGAGUCCGAAAUCUUUGUGCGCUAUUCCGAGGAAGUAGGACCAGAGGGAGAGGUGUACAUGGCAGACCCUCUGUUCAAAAAAUUCGAGCACCGGACUUCAGCUUCACGAGCGCUCGAUACAUCCAGAUCGAAGGGGCCUCUCUGGAUGCUGACGAUCAAAAUCUACCCUACCAUUCACGCUGAUGUGAAUGCCCUCAUCAACGCCUGCUACUGGACCUUCUCCAGUAACAUAUUCAGCUACCACACCGACUGCCCCCAAAUUGAGAAGUUUGGCUGGCUAGAUGUGACUUCGCUUUUAGCCCCGGUUACUCAGCACGUGCGAGACAUGGAGGCCGUCUACUCGAAGAUCCUCGACGAUAUCAUUGACACGCAGGAGUCCAACGGGUUGGUUCCCACUAUGGCGCCCGAGACUUUUUAUAUGUGUGGUCCUUCACAUGACACCAUCACCUGGGGAUGCGCGAUUUGUUUUCUACCUCAGCUACUCAAGCAGUACUACGGAUCUACCCAUGUAUUCAAAAAGAUCUACGAGCCAGGUGCCCGCUAUAUGGACUAUAUGCGCACCAAGGAGUGUCACGGCGGGUUGAUCGAGCACGGGCUAGGAGACUGGGGGUACGAAAUUGCCUACGGCAAUCACCAGGCGAACAUCGAGACAGCGGUUUAUUACCGCUGCCUGCAAAAUAUGGCCCUGAUGGCGCGGGACCUGGAUUUGAUUGAGGAUGCGGCGCGAUAUGAGGCCUGGGCGGCGCGCAUCUUCGACGUGUACAACCGCCACCUGCUGGUCCCCAACGUACAUCGUGACGACGUGAUCAGUGCCUUUGUCGCCACGGUCGAGGAGUCGGGACCGCGAGGCUAUCGACAAUUCUGGCACGCUUUCCUCUGCUUCAAGUACUCAUCCGCAUUAGAUCUCAACACCCAUUCAGCCUCGACCAUUUGCGGACCACGUCGGUCAAAUUCGCCAGUACCAGUGCCCAUUCGUAGUUACCGAGGCCCCAAACCAACAAGUGCUAAUGCACCAAGUCGAAACUACCUCUCCAAACCGAUGGCAGAGGCCUACGGAUGUCGUGUUCGCGCAGUUGAAGUCGAGAGUCGUUGUGGAACUGAGACUUGGCAAGAUCAACGCUGUAGAGAUACAGACUAG